CUCAGGAGCAUCACAGACCCCUCAGACUGGAAAACCUCUCUGCUUCCUGAACUUGCGGAGUUGGACACCUUGCAGCGGUGCUAUAUAUGUAAAGAGUUCUUCCGAGCUCCCGUGAUAACUAGCUGCAACCAUACCUUCUGCUCCCAGUGCAUCCGUGAGUACCUAAUCACCAACAACUCGUGUCCCUUGUGCAAGACAGAACUCUUCGAAAGCAAUCUCAAAAGGCAUAUACUAUUGGAAGAGAUAGUAACUUGUUACUCGCGGUUGCGACCGCAUAUAUUGCAGCAGCUAGAGAAGAAACCAGAGGAGCAGGCGGUGAAGGACUCCGGAGGAUCUAUUGAGGGCUCCAAGAGGUCCGAGGAGCCUUCUGAUGUAAUUGAGAUCUCCGAUGAGGAGGUUCCUUCCAAGAAAAGAAAGGUGGAACCCAACGAAACCGUCACCAUCCCAGACAAUGGUGACAUCGUGGACUGUCCCAUCUGUGGCGACCAGAUGACAGCAGAGGUGUUGCAAACUAAGCAUAUCGAUGACUGUUUGAACGGAAGAAAGCCUAAGCGCACGCCCAAGGCCAGACUGAGUGGCAUUGCAUCCUUUUUCAAGCCUGCUGCCAGUCGUGGGAGUCCGCCAGCGUCCACCAGUACUGUUUCAGCUCCAUCGCCCCAGAUAUCGCUCGGAAAUGCCAAUUACUACUUUAACGAAGCUGCAAAACACAACCAAGAGAGCAGGAAGCUCCCCAAGCUCGAUUUCCUGUCUCUCACCACCCCCAAGUUGAAGGAGAAGCUCUCAGCACUCAAGCUUCCGGUUCAAGGCACGCGAGUGCAGUUGGAGCUCCGCUACAACCAAUACUACGUGUUGUUCAACGCCAAUCUCGACAGCAACAGGCCCAUUGCCGAGAAAGUGCUCCGACAGAAGCUCACCCAGUGGGAGGGGGCACAUCUGGCGUUUUCCAGCAGUUCUGGCGAUCUCUUCACCACCCGCACCUCGCUCAGUCACAAGUCGAUUACCGAUAAAAGCUUUCUGGUAAAACAGUGGAGACAAGCCUAUGGCCACGAGUUUCGCGAGUUGAUCAGAGCAGCCAAGGCCACGCUAGCAAAGGGGUCC